GGAGGGGCUGGGAAAAUACCUCGGUAGCUUUGGCAGUUUUUCCAACAGUCUGACAUGAUCUAAUUUGAACCAAAAAAACAAAGGCAAAAAAAUUGCUUUUUUUCUACAGAACUGCUAGAAGAAGAUAUUUUAAACAUGGAUUUUAAAUACUAUUAAUGUGAAGCUCACAUGAUUCCAAUAUCCAAAGGAAAACGGGGUUGCGGUGUAGGCACGGUGUCGGUCUUUGAAUAUCAUACCAUAGUUUGACGUCUGUGACAAUGACUGACUUUUUAAGAUGCCCAAGCUGCAAUAUGACGUUCAAAUCAUCUAUGUUACUUGAAAAGCACAGAGAAAAGUUCUGUAUUGGAGGCGACGUCGGAAGAGUGAGAAAGACCCAGACGCCUCAAGACAUGGUUAACAGACUAAGACAUUUUAGGAGGAAACAGGAAGAUCAUCAGCAGAAACAUAACAUGAAAGAAUUAAGCGACAAUAAAAUAGCCAUGAUGGACCAUAUGGUAGAUCCAAGUAAGGAUAAACUGGAAAGAGAAAAUACUGGCAAAACCUAUAGGGUGGAAUCGAGGGCUCGUGAUCAGGACACACAGCUCCGCUAUCUAGCAGAAGCUCACAACAAACAGAUCAAUGAAAUUAUGUCUCAAAACAAGAUCUUGGAAAAACAGCGAGACGACAUUGUAGAGAGAUUAAACGAAAUAGCUGCUCAAAACAGGAAUGCAAGUUACCUCGAGAAAAUGAUAAAACAUUUGAAUGACCAAGAACAGAAGAAUGAACUCCUUCUGGAGACGAUGAAGCAACAGAUAGAUAUGCUACAGGCUGAAUCUAUGAAAAGAAGAAUGCGCAGUAGAGAUAGUGACCACCCUACCCCUCAAAGAAUAGAAAAACUUCAACCAACUGUUCAUCAUGCCUACAUUCCCUUCUAUGGAGGAGGAAGCCUUACUUCUGAGAUAAGUGCCAUGCGCCUGACUUAUCUACAGAAUGGAGGAAAUGAUCCUGUGAUCCUGGCACAUUUACAGGAUCUUUUAACUGAAGCCCAGCUAAUAGAAAAACAAGAGAAACACGCACGACCUCUUCGGAAGAAAACAAAAAAAGAACAUGGAACUGCAAAGUGGCACAUGAAUGAGAAGUUAAUUAAUCUUGAAAUGGAAAAUCAGCUGCUGGAGGAACAGCUUUUUAAACUUCAACUUCAAAGACAAAAGAAAAGCAGGCUUCCCAGGACAACUAGCAGAGAACCCGAUAAAGGUUUACAAUUACCAAAGUUCCUGAAAGAGCAUACUCAUCAAAACAUAACGACACUAAAUGCUGAACUGGAAGUGUUAAAACAUGAGCUGGAAAUCCAAAAGCUGAGGCGUCGGAUAAAAACAUCGGUCACUCGCCGAACCAAUCCAAAGCCACCUGCGUUCCUCCCAAUGGAAGAAAGCCAUGAUAUCAUAAAUCUUCCAAAACCUUUACCAAACCUCUCUCAUGGAUUAGAUCCUGCCCCAUAUGAUCCAAUUGCGGGGCUUGUGGUGUUUUAUGAUUAUCUGCUUGGACUUGACCCAUCCUACCGUGUAUGUCGUUUAGCUGUGAGUCUGUGCAAUGGGGGACAGGAGAUGGGCAGUCCACUGCCCCUGCCUCCAGUUUACUGUGAAUCUUCGCCAUCCAAAUUCUCUGACAGCAAGAAACAGAAUCUAGCAAUAUUAGCCACAAAGCAGGCUGUCCCCAGAGUGCGUCCUUCUCCAAAUAUAUCAUUGAUAAUUGAACUGCAAGCAUCAGGAGGAUACGAUCCUUAUGGCCAGGAAGUUAGCCGUUUAAUUCCUAGAGGAUGGGUUAAGCUAGACAUUUUUGACUAUCAAAACCGAGUCAUUAGUGGACAGUGGAAAGUUCCAAUACGCAUCCUCCCAGUCAAGCCUUCUCUUACUACUGGAGCGCUGAAUGGAGUACCUCAGUUAGAAAAUGCAGAAUUGUAUGUUCGUCUUGUAAAUGCAAGGGAUGCAGAUACACAAAGUCUUUACCCCAUUGACUCCAACAAUUCAGGGUUCUACAAAUACCCCCCUUUGACUUCAGCAUAUUUCUAUCCUGAAGAACUCAUGCUUCCAUCACCUCAGUACCAUCCCUACCUUUUCACGAAUACACAAGCCACAUAUGGCAAUAACAUGGAUUCGCCUCCUUCAAGGAUCAGAAUAAGGACACAGUGAUUGAGACCUGCAGUGAUAAUACGCAACUUUGUUUAUAUCUGAAUUGUUUUAACUUAUUUAUUUACAAUAGAACUGUUUACCAUUGGCCUGAUAAGGAAUUAUGAAAAAAAAAAAUUUUUUUGCAUGAUAUAUUCUUAUAGGUAAUUUAAUUGUUACUGUCUAUAUGUAACAUUUUCGGAUAAUAACUUACAUUCUUUUUUUAUACAGUCAUCUGUUAAAUAAGUUAAAAUAAACACAUUUGCUUCUUAUUAAUAUUUAAAAUUUAAUAAGUGGCUAGAUCUGUAUGCAAUGAUGUGUAGGCCACCCCUACGCAUAUACGGAAUCCUUAGUUUUUAAUAAAAAGAGAUUAAACAGGAAUCAUGUUGCAAUGUUCUUUUAGUAACAUCAAUUUUACGUUUUUACUUUUUGUCAACUUCAAGAAAUGUCGCCAAAGAGAAGAGUGUGCGAGUGUGUGUGAGUGAUGAUUUAACCUCUUUAAUUCCUGUUCACUGUUUGUACCAAUACGUGCCUACUGAUUUGUUGUUUGCCAAUACCCUAAUUUCUGCUUCUGAUAUUUUUCCUGAUUAGAAUUACCUUUUUUGACUUGUGUCUAUGGAAUAAGUAUCUCAAUAAUGACCAUAGCAUGAGCUGAAUGUAUGCUUUUGCCUUUGGGCCCUUAUCUGAAUAUGGCUCCUGGCAACAUGUACACUCAAAUCAGUUACUCGAUGCCAGUCAAAAGUUGGUGUGACUGCAUACUCUGUAGAUGUGCACAAGGACCAAAAUAAUAUCAAGUUUUUCAUAUUGUUUCUUGCCCUUGGAUUAAAUUUGGAGAUUUUUUUCCUUUGG